GGCUCAGCUGCACCCGGAAGCGUUUGAGAGUACCGGGCAGAAGAAGUGCUGGAAAUUUGGUUCUUCACAGAUUUUUGAAUGACACCUCCUGGUCUAUAUGUGGGAUACAGAUGGCUGGAAGAAUGACAGAUGACAAUGAUGUCCUACGAAAAGUAUGGUAUGGGCGAAUACCGACAUGCUUCACAUUAUAUCAGGAUGAGCUGAAUGAAAGGGAAGCCGAACCCUAUUAUUUACUUUUGCCACGUGUGAGCUACCUUACUCUGGUAACCGAUAAGGUGAAGAAACAUUUUCAGAAAGUUAUGCGGACAGAAGAUAUAAGCGAAAUCUGGUUUGAAUAUGAAGGCAUUCCUCUGAAAUGGCAUUACCCAAUUGGUUUACUUUUUGACCUACAUGCGUCAAACACUUCUUUACCUUGGGGCAUCACCGUCCACUUUAAGAGUUUUCCAUCAAAAGACAUUUUGCGAUGCCAAUCAAAAGAUGUGAUCGAAGCACACUUUAUGUCUUCUGUGAAGGAAGCCGAUGCUUUGAAACACAAAGGCCAAGUUAUUAAUGAAAUGCAGAAGAAGGACCAUAAACAGUUGUGGAUGGGUUUACAGAAUGAUAAAUUUGACCAAUUUUGGGCCAUAAACCGAAAACUUAUGGAGUGUUCCACAGAAGAAGGAGGAUUUCGUUACAUACCUUUUCGGAUAUACCUGGCCAACAGUGACCGUCCUUUUGUACAAAAAUUAUUUCGACCUGUUGCCAGUGAUGGAAAUCUAAACACGUUUGGAGAUUUAAUAAAGGAGGUUUACCCUGCGGCCCUACCACCUGAAGAUGGAGAGAAGAAUUAUCAGGUGAUGAUCCAUGGCAUAGAGCCUAUGCUUGAGACUCCCUUGCAGUGGCUCAGUGAAUAUUUCAGCUAUCCGGACAACUUCCUCCACAUAAGUAUUGUUCCGCAGCCCACUGACUGAAGGACACGUGGAACUUAAGUGGAAGAGACCAUCACAUUUGAAGUGGAUUUUCCUAAGUCAUGUCAAAGCAUGAGUUUUGGUUGACAAAGCCUAAUUGAGCUCUUGUGAGCUGCAAGUGUCCCAUUCAAUCGUUUGCUCUGCAACCACUUGAGCCUGAUUGGAACAAGGAGAUCUGCUUGAGACUACGUGCUGCCUUGUAACUCAGCACACCUUAAUGAUUGGAGAGUCAGUGACGGCACAUGCCUCCUGUUCCUGGUUUAUACUAACAAGUGUGCUGCAUUCUUUUCUACUUGUUUUCAACUGUGUGCCCAAGGUUCAACUUUUUUUUAUUAAAAGGGAAAGUUAUUGGUUUGAUCUGCUGGUUGAUUCAACAUGGAAAAAGCAUUAAAAGAUGUUUAAGAAAAAUGAGAAAUCUAUCUAACAGAAGCUGUGAUGGUGGUGUUCCUGUUUACAAUGUAUCAUAGAAAACUAUAUAACAAAUUUUAGCAGAGCAUGAGUGAGAUUUGUACUCUUGAAAAGACUAUAUUCUUCAAAUCAUAUAUGUUAUGCUGGUGAAGAAGAAAAAAAGAUCUGCUAGGCCAAUGUAAUAUCUCCCAAGAGAAAGCAUUUAGCUG